CCAAAACAAUGGCUACUACCACCACUUACGACCGUCAUUUCACCACCACCCAACCCCACUACCGCCAAGACGACAGAUCCCGCUACGACCAGCAAACCCAUUCCCAGUCCACCAGCAGGACACUCGCCAUCAUCGCCCUACUUCCUGUCGGCGGAAUCUUACUCGGCUUAGCCGGUCUUACGUUCAUCGGGACGCUUAUCGGACUCGCCCUCGCCACCCCGCUUUUUGUCAUAUUCAGCCCGAUCAUCGUGCCAGCCGUUCUAACAAUCGGGCUCGCGGUUACAGGCUUUUUGGCGUCGGGGACGUUCGGGUUGACGGGUUUGAGCUCAUUGUCGUAUUUGUUCAAUAUGGUUAGGCAGACGGCCGGGUCGGUGCCCGAGUCCUUGGAUUAUGUUAAGGGGACGUUGCAGGAUGCCGGUGAGUAUGCUGGGCAGAAGACAAAGGAUUUCGGGCAGAAGAUUCAGAACACCGCUCAUGAGAUGGGUGAUCAGGGGCAGGGUGGUCAGGUUGGUGUUCAUGCUCAAGUUGGUGGCGGCAAAGAAGGGCGAAAAAGCGGUGAUCGGACUUGAGGAUUCAAGGUUGGUAUUGUGGAAUAAUAAUAAUGUUGGUGUAAGUUUUUAGUGUUAUCAAAGCUUUGUUUGUUUGUUUGUAUGUUUUGUGUAUGGAAUGGUUUCAUAUAAUGUAAUGAUGUUGUUUGUAUGUUCUAAUAAUGGUCCUUUUUGAA